CAAAGAAAACAUUGCAAAAAGGUUUGAAAAAAGUUUUCGAAAAAAAAUAUCAAAAAAUUUAAUAAGCCAAAGAUUUGUUAAUACCGCAAGCACAGCAUUCGUACAUUCGUAUUCCAGCAGAGACUCUUUGUUUUUUUCCACACUUCACGGCGGUUUUUGGAAUCAUUUUCGCUUUUCGAACAACUUUUGGUACUGAAGAACGUCUAACAAAACCACUAGUAAAUCUCAAUUUCCGUAACUAAUAAAAAAAAGCCCGCACAAUCAGUGCAGAAUGUCCGCGGCUACCACAUACACACGCCUGCGCAACUUGGGCCCGAGCACGAGCAACAAAAUGGCACCCAACACCGCAUUAUUCUUCGAUAAAAAAUCCAGCAAUAACGAUGCCACAUACACAUUGAAAGUCGGUGCUGGCGCACGCCACAACGGCACGACCAAUGGUAAAACCACUGGCAGUCACAGCGUCGGCUCCAGCGAAUCCUCAGAUCCACUAGAAUCCGACUGCAGUGAAGAGGAGGAGGAAGAGACGCCACAACGUGUGGUGGACGAUGAAGCGCGACGAAAAGCGCGCUCAAAUAACGGCGUGCACGAGGCGGAAGAUGACGACGAAGAGGAGGAUGAUGAUGAUGAGGAGCUCGACGAGGAGGACGAUGAUCCCGAAGAGGAGGAAGAGGAUGAGCCCGAUGAGGAAGACGAUGGCAAUGAGACUGACGAUGAGGGUGAUGAUGAUGAGACAGAUGACAGCAGCAGCGUGGAAACCGCGAAAGGUGUACGCAAAUAUCAUCUGGAUGAUUUUCAAAUAAUCAAGACUGUGGGUACUGGCACAUUUGGUCGCGUUUGUUUAUGCCGCGAUCGCGUGUCGGAGAAAUACUGUGCCAUGAAAUUGUUGGCAAUGACCGAUGUGAUACGCUUAAAGCAAACCGAGCAUGUGAAGAAUGAGCGAAAUAUUCUACGUGAAAUUCGACAUCCAUUUGUGAUCAGUUUAGAAUGGUCGACAAAGGACGACUGCUGUUUGUACAUGAUCUUCGAGUAUGUGUGUGGUGGUGAAUUGUUCACAUAUCUGCGAAAUGCGGGACGCUUCAACAGUCAAACUUCCAAUUUCUACGCUGCUGAAAUCGUCUCCGCCUUAGAAUACUUGCAUUCGCUGCAAAUUGUUUACCGCGAUCUGAAGCCGGAGAAUUUGCUGAUAAAUCGCGACGGCCAUUUGAAGAUUACGGAUUUUGGCUUCGCUAAGAAAUUGCGCGAUCGCACUUGGACGCUGUGCGGCACCCCCGAAUACUUGGCACCCGAAAUCAUACAGUCAAAGGGUCACAAUAAGGCGGUGGACUGGUGGGCGUUAGGUGUGCUCAUUUAUGAGAUGCUCGUGGGCUAUCCGCCGUUUUACGACGAGAAUCCAUUUGGUAUUUAUGAGAAAAUUCUGAGUGGCAAAAUCGAAUGGCCGCGGCAUAUGGAUCCAAUUGCGAAAGACUUAGUUAAGAAAUUGCUGACAAAUGAUCGCACCAAGCGCUUGGGCAAUAUGAAGAACGGUGCCGAUGACGUGAAGCGACAUCGAUGGUUUAAGAAUUUGAAUUGGAAUGACGUCUACAACAAAAAACUAAAGCCACCAAUAAUUCCCGAAGUCAGCUCCGAUGGUGACACGAGCAAUUUCGACGAUUAUCCCGAAAAGGAUUGGAAACCCGCCAGAGCAGUAGACCAAAGAGAUUUGCAGUUGUUUAAUGAUUUCUAAAAUAUUUAGUUGCCUAAGUUUUGUAGUCUGUAUUUAUUUAUUACCUACCUACUAAUGAUAAUUAAA